ACUUGCGUCGUCGGCUCAUGUUUGGACCUAGGAGCUGUGCUCUGCGGCGUCAGCAGUGGUGCGGUCUACCAGCAACUAGGUGUUGACUUUUACCGGUUUUUAUGGGCUAAACAUGGAGGUGACAGCAGCCCGCCGUUCGUUUCUGUGCGAUAUCGGCUUCUGGGCAGAUCGGACAGCCCUGCACGAAGCUGCGUCCCACGGCAGGGCUCUGCAGCUGAAGCAGCUGAUCGAAAGCGGAACAUCUGUGAACCUGGUGACGGUGGAUAACAUCACUCCGCUACACGAGGCCUGCAUACAGGCCCAUCCCAACUGUGCCAGACUCCUGCUGGAGGCUGGAGCCCAGGUUGAUGUGCGUACCAUCCAUGGCAGCACUCCUCUUUGUAAUGCCUGUGCAUCUGGUAGCCUGGAGUGUGCCAAGCUCCUGUUGAACUACGGCGCCCAGGUUAACCCGUCCCUCACGGCUCUCACUGCCACGCCGCUCCACGAGGCCUGCAUACAAGGUAAAACUGCAACAGCAAUGAAACGUGCUUCAUGCAUCGACACGGUCCGUCAGAUGUUAACGUUCCUCGCAGGUAAUGUUGACGUUGUGAGGCUGAUGAUAGCCAACGGUGCCAGGCUGGAGGCGUUUGACGUCCACUUUGGUCCUCCCCUUCACAUAGCAUGUGCUAAAGGGCGCAUAGAUUGUGUCAAGGAGCUGCUGUGUGCAGGUGCCAAUGUGAAUUCAGUGAAAUUCCACGAGACAGCUCUGCACCAUGCAGCUCGAGUCCACAUGGUGGAAAUGAUCGAGCUGUUGGUGGAGUUUGGAGCCAACGUGUACGCCAGCGACAACACGGGUAGAAAGCCUGUAGACUACACGACACCAGCCUCUCCCUCUUACGCCUGCCUCAGGUUUUAUGAAAGUAAUCCUCUGAGCCUGCAGGAGCUGUGCAGAAUAGCUUUGCGGGUGAUGCUGGGUACCAGAGCAUCAGACGUCAUAGAUCAACUAGAUAUAUCCCUCCGCAUUCACAGUUACCUCCACUACCGUGACCACCCUACAUCACUUCACACGAUUGGUGUUUGAGUUUACAUAUCAACCAUUUAUGGGGCAAGGAACCGUGUAUUGUCACUUUGGCACACUGUGUCUCUCAGUGAGGUUUAGGAGCAUGUGGUUUUUAUGCAGCCAAUAAGAGAAGAUCAAGGAAACACUCUCAGGUCAAAUUAGGGUCAGAUAUGGUCUGCUAGGUCCACCUCCGCAUGAAUGCUUAGCAUAACUGAUGCUUAGCAUAACCAUGGCGAACUGACCUAAUGUUGUGUAAUGUGAUAACGUUUGAAUCAGCACUUAUGUUUUAAUAGUCUAAAUAAAUGUUUACAUUUGUUUAUCACUUUAGUGCAAAUUACCAUAUAUGUUAACCUUUAUUAAUCUUGAUAAAGAAAGAAAAUUCACAAAAGUAAAAAAGUCUUCUUAUGCCCUACAAUAACACUCAAUGGUUGAAAUUUAGAAUUUCCAAGUAUUUCAGUGAGUGUCCUAUAAAAGGUUAAAGCUUUGAAAGGAAGCACCAUGUACUGCGUAUCUGCUCAGUUUGUGGGACAAACUACAAACUCCAGCAUGCAUUUCGAGUCUCCGAUAUGUGACGUGACUCCGGCGAGCUGCGAGGACGCGGCUGUUUACAAACAAGCGCUGGUUUCGUGUCAACGCUGCUAAGCCGAGACUAAUAAAUAAAGACCGCGGAUGGAAAUGGAAAA